GGCAGCAACACGCGAGAUCGUUUAUCAGCUGUUAGUUGCUCGCUAGCUCGUAAGGUUCAUUAAUGAUUACACGCAGGAGCAUCGCACAUUUUACACAAAUUUAGCCCUUAUAGACAUCACAAAUAUAUAUAGCUCUACAUUUUUCCGCGUCUUAUUCGCAAUUUGACGAGAUUAAAAGAUUUUCUUAGUGCAGUGAAGUUUCUAUAUGUUGGUUUGCUUCCUAGCUUAUUUCGACGACGAAUCAUCCAAGGUCUUUUGUGCGGUUUACGAUCCAAUCGAGGAAACUGUGACGAAUUGCGUAUAAAAUUCCACGACCGGCGAACAUUCGUUUGGGACGACAUAAGAUGGUAUGGCACGUGAGAUGCUUGAAAGACGCGGUGAUGCCUAUCAUAUGGCUCAAUUGUAUAUUUUGCAUGGGAGUGUUCGAGAUACCCUUGCAUCGACCACGAUUUUCUUUAAGUAUUAUCUACGCUGUCACGAUGGUGAUCGGGUACUUCGUUUUGCUGUACAAUGGAAUUGUCAUUUUUGAGGAAACGUUCAAUUGUAAUCUGGCUCUAUUUUAUUGCGUUGUGGUCGUCAAUAUUUUAGUUGCUACUCUAUCCAUAAUCUUAUUCUGGUGCAAAUCACAGAAUUUCAGUAUGUUACUUAAGAGACUCAGUCUUGUAGACGACACCUUGGAAGCAUUGGGUGUAAAAAAAAAUUAUCGGAAAAUCUUUUGCGACGUACUUUGGUGCAUGGCCAUUUGGGUAGCGUGCAUGAUGUUACUGAACAUCAUGCAUCUAGUAUGGAUAUGGCGUGACAAUGGAUAUUUAAGCAAUCUUUACACAGCCUUGUGCUUCGGUUUCCCGAUUAUGAUUAAUUCCGUGGUGGAUGUCACUUUUAGUUCGCUGAUUAGAUGUAUCAAAUCGAAGUUCCGAUAUACGAACAUUUUGAUUAACAACAUAGUGCUUUCCACGAACAACGAGAAUGUCUUGAAAAUCCAUAACAAGCCCAAGGACACGCCCGUGGCAAUAGUCACGUCGAACUACAAAAACAACAAGGAUAUGAUAAAACAUCUCUUGCAGACGCUCAAGUAAGAUCGAUAUUACUAAAAAUAGAGAG